GUUGAUAUCGAUUAGGGGUAGGCUGGAGUUGUCGUGGAUGCAACUGGCUUUUAAACCUGUCCGUCACGGUGGUGGAGAUGUUUGCUUACCCGUUGAUCUGUGGGAUUGACGUGGCCAGGCGGAUUGACAAGCGCAAUUGACCAGGGGUCAGGAGUUAUAAGUUUACGCGCCGGCUCGGACAUGCAAGGUGAUAGAUUGCAGCAGCCCAAUUUAACGCGAGAGUCGGUCUGCCCAAGCCAGCAAUCAUGGUCGUCACCCACAUCGUUCUCUUUCAAUUCAAGUCCGGCCUGACUCCAGAGGUGGUCAAUCAGGCCUGCAAGGACGUUCUCGCCCUGAAGCAUCGAUGUAUUCGCCCGGCGACCGGGCAGCCCUACAUCGUCUCCUUCAGGGGUGGCAAGGAUCAUUCACCAGAGGGGAUGCAACAUGGGAUUACCCACGGGUUCGUAGCCGAGUUUGAGUCGCCAGAGGAUCGGGACUACUACGUCUCGAGCGAUCCGGUGCACUUGGGACUGGGAAGCGACCUACAUCCUCUGGUUGAUCAGGUUAUCGUGGUUGACUUUACGGAUCAUGUGUUGUAG